AUGCUUCUUUUAGGUGAACGUGAGUUAUCUGACGGAUAUCCGCCUGUCGAUUCCGUCCCCACUGAAGGCACCCCAUCAGAAAAUCUUGCUACCUCUGUUGAUCUUGAUCCAGCGAAAAUCGCGGCUGCUGUCCGAAGGUCCCUGAAUCGAUGGGGUAUCGGUCAACGCGUAUUUGCGCAACGUGUCCUCAAUUUGAGUCAGGGCACAGUAAGUGAACUGCUCUCGAAGCCUAAGAGUUGGAACCGCUUGACAGAGAAGGGACGGAGUUCAUACCGGCGCAUGGCGGAAUGGCUGAAUAACCCGGACUCCGUUCGUGAAUUGAGGAAGUUUGUCAGUCAAGGUAUGCUUAAUUUUCUUGCUUAA